AACUUUAAGUCGUCUGUGAACAAAAUACUUCUCAGACGACUUAACUAAGUUUAUAUCUUUUAUUUAUUGCAGACUAUCGUGAAGAACUUCGUUCAGAAGGAUUUUGAUGAAAUGUUUCCAAAAUGGGACGGAGACGUAGAUGACCCUGCCGCGGAUAACAUAAUUAAAGUCAUGUUUAAUGAUCCUGGAUGGGAGUGGACCAUGGAAUGCUGGCCAGUCACCGGUACUCGCAAGGUUGUGAAGAUGGAAGUGAUUCCAGUGAAGAAUGAAGUGAGUCCCGUGAAGUCAGAGAGUGUUGUGAAGGAAGAAAGUAGCAGACCUCGGAAGAAAGCUCGUAAAGGGUCUUCUGUUUCUGCUGAGAAACCUGCGGCGGGUAGUGAAGGUCAGCAGAUUGAAAAGACCUUGAAGGACAUAUCUGAUGCCAUUAAUCUUGGCUUUGGGACGUGUCUUAAGGAGCUCAAGUUACUGGCGGAUAGGAUUGAAGCUGUGGAGAAGAAGGUGGGAAUCACCAACAGAGGGGGUUCUCUGAUGAUCGUCAACUUACAACCACUUCAAAUCCACCAAAACCUGUUGACGAACCCGGGGUUAGUACCAAAACCUCUCCCAAAAUUGCAGAGAAGAGAGUCACUAGGCAAUGUGUUAGGAAGAGUCAGGACUGAUGUGAUUUGUUUCUUGUGUGCUUUGUUUCUAGUGUGCUUUGAUGAACCACUGUAUGCCUUGAUUCUGAACAUGUGUGCUUUGUUUCUAGUGUGAAUUUGAUCUUUGCAGUAAGGGCUUUUGUUAAUAGUUUUUAAACACACUGUGAACUCGAAAUUGCAGAGUAAAAGUGUGAAUGGGGCGAAAGCAGGACAGAAGGAAGCCAAAGAACCGAGUCUUACUACAGAACCGAGUUCCUCGAGAGAGCUCUGUCUUGUGAGUCCUGCAGACGACUUACCGAGUGAAGAUCCUAGCCUUCUUAUAUUGGACAAACAAGUUUCGACCGCUUCAGAUUUACUCGUUGAAGAAGCUAGAAGGCAGACAAAGAAGGAGACUGCUUUGGUGAAUCUCCGUAAAAAAAGUGUGCGAGAAAGGAAGCUUGCUCCCACACAGCAAACUCCUUUUAAGGGAAACAGCACUGCCAAACAGAUCAUUCCAAACAAACAGGUUGGCGGAGGCUAUGAUCCUUUUGCACCCAUUGACAAGAUGAAGUCGAAGGAGCUCACUGCAUGGGUGCAAAAAGAUCCGUAAGUUGCUGUUAAAAAUAUGCUUACUUAUAUUUGAUUAAAAAAAGCUUCCAUUUGAUUAUUUACA